CAGUGGCCCUGCUCUCCGCCCUCAGAUAAGAACCGGGAAGGCUGGAGAAACCCAGGAUGCGGGGCUUCUCUGGGACGCGGCGCCGUGUCCCCAAACGAGGUCCCCGGGGGGCCACCUGCAGAUAGUCGGCGGGCAGCCCGGCCCCCACGUCGGGGCUAGCUCCGCGGAUUCUGAGCUCGCCAGCCGGGAGCAGCGGCGCCCUCGGGGCGGCUGGACAGGCCCCGCGCCAUGCCCGAGGGCUGAGCGCCGCCGCCGCCGCCGCCGCCGCAGGGCCUCGUCCCGCCUAGCGUGGGGCCGCGCGCGCCCAGGUCGGGGCCCCGGCGGCCGACCAUGGUGCUGCCGCCCCCGGACCGGCGCCACGUGUGCCUGACCACGCUGGUGGUCGUGGGCAGCAUGGCGGUCAUGGACGCGUACCUGGUGGAGCAGAGCCAGGGCCCGCGCAAGAUCGGCGUGUGCAUCAUCGUGCUGGUGGGCGACGUGUGCUUCCUGCUGGUGCUGCGCUACGUGGCCGUGUGGGUAGGCGCCGAGGUGCGCACGGCCAAGCGCGGCUACGCCAUGAUUCUCUGGUUCCUCUACAUCUUCGUGCUGGAGAUCAAGCUCUACUUCAUCUUCCAGAACUACAAGGCGGCGCGGCGCAGCGCGGCCGACCCGGUGGCGCGCAAGGCGCUGACGCUGCUGCUGUCGGUGUGCGUGCCCGGCCUCUUCCUGCUGCUCGUGGCGCUCGACCGCAUGGAGUACGUGCGCACCUUCCGCAAGCGCGAGGACCUGCGCGGCCGCCUCUUCUGGGUGGCGCUGGACCUGCUGGACCUGUUGGACAUGCAGGCCAACCUGUGGGAGCCGCCGCGCACCGGGCUGCCCCUGUGGGCCGAGGGCCUCACCUUCUUCUACUGCUACACGCUGCUGCUGGUGCUGCCGUGCGUGGCGCUCAGCGAGGUCAGCAUGCAGGGCGAGCACAUCGCGCCGCAGAAGAUGAUGCUCUACCCGGGGCUCAGCCUCGCCACCGUCAACGUGGUGGCCGUGCUGGCGCGCGCCGCCAACAUGGCUCUGUUCCGCGACAGCCGCGUCUCGGCCAUCUUCGUGGGCAAGAACGUGGUGGCGCUCGCCACCAAGGCCUGCACCUUCCUGGAGUACCGCCGCCAGGUGCGCGACUUCCCGCCGCCCGCGCUGGCUCUGGAGCUGCAGCCCCCAGCCCCCCAGCGCAACUCGGUGCCGCCGCACGCGCCGCUGCACGGCCAGCCGGGCCGCCCGCACGGGCCCUCGCCCACGCGAGACGCCCUGGACACGUGACAGGGGCCGCCGCGGGGCGCUGAGACGCGUGGCGGCAGGCGCGCGGUUUGCAUGGGAUGGGGUGGGGGCGGGCUCCCAACGGGGCCAGGUGCGGAGAGUGCCCGAACCCCGGGGGCCCCCCGGCCGCUUCUUCAUCUCAGGAAUCCUUCGGACCACGGACCUCAGCCGCUGCUCGGCCAGUCCGCCCAGCGUGGGCGCCGCUGUGUACGGCCCGAGCCAGAGCGGGAAGGGUCCCACCGCCGCCUCCUGGGGGCCUGGGUGGGAAGGGAGGACAGAGUGGGCGGAGGUCUGGUCCCCUGGGGUCCCUGGGUGGGGGCCUCUGGCUCAGAGUUUGGGACUAAGGAGGCCUCUGUCAUUUUAAAGACUCUUGUUUACAGUUUUGUAUGGAACGUG